UGUGUGUUUUCAAAUCCUGCCAAAGCUUCUCAGUUAGGUCUAAAUUUUUGACUAGAACAACCUAAUAAAUGGACAAGCCUCCGUCUGAGCCGUUCCACUCUAGUUCUGUUUGCUAUUGUUCUGCUGGAAGGCAAACGUCUUCCGUAGUGUGGAGAUUUGUGCAGGUUGUCUUCCAGGAUUUGCUCCUCUCGAGCGUUUAUCAGCAGCCUGCGUCAGCCUGACGCAGCGUCCGCGUGCAGCUGCGUGUCCUGCCGUCUACAACAAAAGGGCGUCGGUUUCAUCCUGUCGUCUUCCGGCUUUUACCUCUUCUUCAACGCUCCCACGUCUAAGUUGCCACGGCUCGUGUUUUCUCGGCUUCUCUACGGACCGUUUUCAGCUACAGCAAAGUUCGGAGUUGAGUUUGUUUCGCCCCUGGGCACCUUUUUGUAAAAACAGGCCACACCUCUUCACAUAUGACACCAGCCAGAUCCUAAAAUCAUAUCUACUUCCUGGAAGUCAAAUAUUCUGACUGGAUUUACAGGUAACGUUUCAAAGUGUGACGGGAGCAGAGAAAUAGACUCCUUCAUCAGAGAAUCUCUCUGCCACUUAAGAAUCACAAAUUGAAAUAUGACACUGACAUGGAAAAUGUUGAUUUUCCUGUUCACCCUGACUGCUGUAGGAAUGUUCUUUAAGUUAGAUCUCAGUAAACGGCGGCCGCCGGACAAUGAACAGCUACUGUACAAGAUCGCACAGGCCCGCAGGAUGCAGAAUAGAAACUCACUAGAUGAAAAAUUGAAAGACCAAACUCUUCAGGAGAAAAGCGUAGGGGGCAAAAACAUUUUUCCACAAGACCAAAAUGCACAGGACAACAACGUGCAGGAAAAGAGCCCAUGUGGUUGUCAGAAAUGUUUUUCCAAAGAUGACAAGUUUCUCAUGAGUUGUUUCAAUCCUUCCAUUGAACCAUUUCUGUCUGCAAGCUCCAGGCUGUCUCUGGAUGUUUUCAUGUGGUGGAAGCGCUUACAGUAUGAAAGACGCAACUUUAAUUACUACAAAACAGCAGUGGCCAACCUGUUUGCGGUAUUCCCGCCCGUUCCGGACCUUGGGAAGCCCAGCCCGGGAAAAUGCCGGACUUGUGCUGUGGUGGGGAAUUCGGUUAAUCUGAGAGGAUCGGGCUACGGAUCCCUGAUAGACAGUCAUGAUAUCGUUAUAAGAAUGAACGGCGGUCCGACCACAGGCUAUGAGAAAGACGUCGGCACCAAAACGACCCAUCGAGUCUUGUAUCCGGAAAGCGCCGUGGAUUUAGAUAAUUCUACUCAUCUCGUAGUUUUUGCUUUUAAAAUACAAGAUCUGGAGUGGCCCACCAAGGCCUUGACGACGGGAUUUUACACAACGUCACAUAGGAAAGUAAAACCCAAAAUAAACGGCAACAAAGAUUUGGUGAUGGUGGUCAACCCCGCUUUUAUGAAGUAUGUCCAUGAGAUUUGGAUGAAAAGGAGGGGAAAGUAUCCAUCCACCGGCUUCAUGACGUUGAUUCUUUCUCUUCACAUAUGUGACGAGGUUCACGUGUUCGGAUUUGGAGCCGACAGCAACGGAAACUGGAGUCACUACUUUGAAGUUUUAAAGAAAAAAAACUACAGAACUGGGCCCCAUUCUGGAACUAACGAAUACGCCAUCCUGAAACGGCUGGCCAGCGAACAAACAGUCACGCUUUAUAAAGGGUCGUGACCUCUGCGUCCCAACAGGAAGUUCCCCGAUUCGGAAUGAACAGUGCAAUUAAGAAUGUUGAGCAAGAAAAAGUUAUUUUUCGUCUUGAAAUUUUAGAAUGCUGCACCACUGAUUACGAAUGCCAAUUUUGAUAUUUAUUGAGGCAGAAGCAAAUCCCACCUACCUGAUUUCUACUGACAGACUUGCCAAAGCCUUUUUCAAAUUUAAAACCCAGCAACAUUUUAGAUCUAAUAAUUUAAUUUAAUUGGUUUAUUUGGUAGGGACAGACAUACAGCGACAUAGACAAACUGAACAAAACAGCAGUCCCAUGUUUACGUCAUAGUGCAAUAGCAACAGCUAAUUCGCAGCACUUGUCCCUAGAUGGGCUUUAAAAAAAAAAAACUCUAAAAGUUAAAGUAAUAAUCGAACAAACAGUGAAACAUGUUUGUUCGAUAGAGUAGAGCAGAAUAGAGUAGAGCAGAAAUCGUCUUUAUUAUCCCUCAGUGGGGAAAUUCAGGUGUACCAGCAGCAGCACAGUGACCAAAUGAGAGCAUUUAGAUCAGGGGUGUCAAACUCAAAUACACAGUGGGCCAAAAUUUUAAAUUGAACAAAGCCACGGGCCAAGGUUGGACAAAUGAAUCUUUUAAUAUGGACCCAAACAAGUUUUGAUUUAACAAUAAAUAUUGAACAAGCAAGGCUUAUAUAACUUAAAAGUGCAGGCGUGCAAAAUUGAGUUGCUAAAAAUAAUAAUAAA